CUUACGGUUGGACUGUUGGCAUUGAAUGUGACACUCUCUUGCCUUAUUUUUCCGAGAAGGUUUACUGGAAAGGUAUUUACUUCGAGCCAACGAAUUCCUCAGAGGAACUUGGUAGCUCUUCGCUGGAGCACGUGGACAUGGUGAAUGCUCUCGUGGGCGUGAAUGCCAUGAAAAACGCUCCUGAUAUACAACAUGUUACAAUUAACGAUAGCGCCUCUGGCUUAAAUAUAAGAGAACUUGCCAAACCUUUGACCGUAGUGGAUUCCUCAAUCCUAAGGCCUUUGCUGGCUGGCGUGAGCAUCGAGAGCUCCGGUGGUAAUGUUGUCAUUGAAAACGUCACAGUUCAGAGUGCACGAUUUGGAGGAGGUCUUGUCUACAAGCGCCUGGCAGUGAAAUUCUGUUCUGUCAUUUCAGAAAAAGCUUCUUUUCCUUUGCUCCUAAAUGCCGCUGGAAAUAAUCAUCCGGUUAAUUGCAAUAAGGUUUUCAGAGCUCCACCUGGGAGAAGGAUCUCAGUGCAUUUGCGACUUAUUGAUGGAAGUGGAUUUGAGCUAAAUAUUACCGAUGCAAGCACAGCUAUCAAAACCCAACUUCACAGAAUCACAAGUGCCUACAAUGGAAGGACAAUCAAGACUGGCUCUAGUUCUGUUUUGAUAGUUUCCUUUUAUUCCGAAGGAAGUUCUAAAGCUCCUGCGAACUUGGAAAUGAUCGUUAUGGAAGAUAAAGGCGAGACUGUAUCUCUUGUGAUAUUUAACAGUACUUUUUCUGACAAUGCUAAGUCUGGUAUCACAGUUGACAAUUUGACUGGUAACUCUCGAAUCUCGCAGACAACGAUGGCAAGGAACAACUUUUAUGGACUUUAUGCCAGCAACACACAAGGAAAAAUUUCUGUUGUAACGACCGUGUUUCUGCGUAACAAAUAUAAUGGUGUUAAAGUAACCAAAAUGAAAGGUGCUUUAGAGUUUAUUGACGUCAAUUCCUCGAAAAACCAAGCGUCAGGAAUCGUUAUCGAUGCUGGAACUCUAUCAUUCCAAAUGUCUGACAGCUAUGUUGAAGAAAAUGCCGGUCAAGGAUUACACAUCUUAAACCAAGUCAACUCCACAAUCAAUAUUUACAACACGCAGUUUAUUCGUAACAGUAACGGUGAAGGAGUAUGUUUACAGGCACUUCGCUAUUGCCAUGCUCUACUCGCGAAAGUAUUGUCUCUUGGAAAUUCGCAAAAUGGGGCUUUGUUUACAAGAUUAUCCGAUACCAGAUUGAAUGUCACCUCUUGUAAAUUUGAUGGAAACUCCUACACGGGAGUUCAAGCAGACUACUUUCAAAGAGGAGGACUUAAAUUAGACAAUAUCUCUACCUCAAACAAUUACAGAAAUGGUUACAUUUUCCAUUUUGGGGAUACCAGUAUAAACAUAGAGUCUUCGUCUUCUUUUGGAAACGGCAGAGAUGGCUUUUACGUAGAAAAUCAAGAAGGAGAAGUUGUCUUAAAGGAUUUUGCUGCUCUUGGCAACAAACGAAACGGAUUGUGGUUUCUUGAUGACAACUCAGCUCGUCUUCGAUCAGUUUAUCUUCUAAACUGUAAUGUUUCAGAGAAUAGUCAAUACGGUGUGCUUUAUUAUCUCACUUACAGAUUUACUCAAGGCACGGAGGACUAUACCAUCAAGGUUGCAAACUCCACAAUUCUCAACAAUCGUCUUGGUGGUUGUAUGUUGUAUCCUGCAGACUGUGGUUGGGGGGGCGUUAGGCGGCAAAGACGCGUUCAACUUUUAUUCACUGGUAAUAAAGUAAAGAGAAACCAAAAAAAUGGUUUGGAUAUCUAUGGUCCGGAAUGGUACGAGCUAUCUGCUGUCUUGGCUAAUAAUAUAUAUUACGAGAACAGUGGACUUGCUCUGAGAAUAAGACAUGGCGAAAGUUGCACCUAUGAGCAUUCCUCACCUUUCAAGUUGCAGAUUUUAUCGAGCAUCUUCUUGAAGAAUAAAGGGGAGAACAUAUUUUUCGUUGAUUGCGGAACGUUACCCACAAAAUGCCAUGUCACCAUCGCAAAUAAUACCUUUUUAGACAAUCAACGAAUCCGGCCGUUUUCUAGCAAUUAUCUUCGUACCAAAACGCAAGCAGUUUUAACUGUAAAGGGAGGCAACGUUACCAUAAAGUACAAUUCCUUUAUCAAUCCUUUGUUCUCUCACGAGUUAGCAGCUCUGCUUAAAGACCACGAACACGUUGUUCAAGCGGAAGAAAAUUGGUGGGGAACAAGUGAUGAGUGCAAAAUAAAAGACCGACUGUUUGACUUUGAAGAUCGAGUGGAACUUUCACAGAUCUAUUAUUAUCCAUUUUUGGAUUCCUACAAUUCUACUAGUGCUAGAUUACACGAUGAUGCCAGACCUCUAUGUUUUCUUCGAGGUGACAAGUUAGGAGGAACAUUGAAUCAAGUCCUCAAUAUCACAAACCAAACUGAUGCCUACCGAGUUAUCAGUGAUGUCACAAUAUUGUCUGACGGCGUUUUGUACAUCGCAGAAAAAGUCACUUUAGAAUUGCCAUUGAAAAGCGUUUUCCUAGUUCAAGGAAAGGUUAUCAUAAAAGGUACAGACAAAGAACCGGUGAAGUUCCUUCCAAGGAGACCAUUGCAUCGGGACAUUAGACUCGUUGGGGGCUCUGCUCCGUGGGAAGGUGUAGUUGAAAUAUGGGUCAAUCGUACGUGGAUGCCAGUUUGCAUUCGUACCUAUCGACACGAGUAUGACAUAGUAUGUAGGCAAUUGGGAUACGAACCGGUGAACUCUUAUCGCCGUGACCCAAGUGGAAAAGAGAAAAUAUUCUUGCAUAAUAUCCGAUGCGAUACAGAUCAAGGAGACAACAUUACCUUUUGUAAUAAAAACAACUGGAUUUCGUCUUCAUCGUGCUCGGCCUAUCUUUUGUACGUUGGUUGCAAAAUUCCGUACUGGGCUGGCAUUCAUCUUGCAGUAACUUCAAAGGAAAGCAUUGUCAGCCAUGUUGAGGUAUGCUAUGCAGGUUUUCCAUAUAGAGACGACCUGAGGAUCCCCGGAAUCGCUUUCAGAGCGGACCUCCUUCGUCACACGAUCGGCGCUGUCUCUGUGAACAAUUCUGCUUACAUUGGCUACCAGAUUAUGUAUCCAGACCCCGUUGAGGAUUCAUACAGAAUCGCUAAUUCAACAAUAACUAACACUGAAUCAGAUGGAAUACGUUUAGAGUCUCCAUUUAUUGAGCUCCUGGGUGCAACUGUCGCAAACACAAAAGGCUACGGAUUUUCGUAUCGCUACAACUGGAAUGCGCUCAACACACACGUUGUAAAAAUGGCAGAUGCGAGUGUGAAGAAGUUUAUGGACAUGUGCAGUGAAAGUGCAAAAUUUAUUGAUGACUCAAGUGUAGUGCAUUAUCUUGUUGUGACAGCAAAUAGCAAAGCAGCUUGCGAGGCCAUAAUUACUGUUCCAAAGGAAUACACAAUAGGAUUGCAGCUUAUCUAUCACGAUGUACAUAGCGUAGUUUUCCACGUCUACAAUCGAAAAGAAAAACCAAAUGACAUUAACUGGGAUAUCCAUAUGUUAGAUUGGUAUAGCCGCCCUGUUUGGAUGUCUGGCAAUAGCUCAAUCCUACUGGAGAAAGGGAGUAAUUAUUAUCCGAAUGACUACGUGGUGCAUUUUCUACUGUUUCUCAUCAAAAGUAGUGAAAGGACGAAGGUCAGAUCACCAAACCUCGUAAUAUCUAAAGGAAAUUAUAGCCACAACACUAAUGGAGGAAUCUUUUUGGGAGGAGACGACGCAGGAGUGGUAGAAAUCCAACACACGGAAGUAGGAAACUCACCCCAAAAUGGCCUAUCGACAGCAUUUGCCCACGUAAACAGUUUGAAGCUGCUGAAUUGCCAGUUUGUUAGAAACAAUAUUGGAAUCAGGCUCUCUUCAUUUUCAGGUAAUGUCCAUAUUGAGAACACCAAGGCUUCUAAUUCCACCAAAAAUGGACUUUAUGUGGACACGAACGGUGAAAAAACAGUCCAUAUUGAAAAUGGUGGUAUUUUUCAUAGCAAUGGAUAUGGACUUUAUCUAGACGGUAGUUAUACCAAAGUGAAACUUUCUGCAACAAGGACUUUUUUCGGAUGGAAUAAGGCAUCUUCAGUUUAUUCCCGAGUUUAUUACGGUUGCAGUUUGCCUUGUUCAUCCCAUACCUUCUUUACAAACUGUACAUUUUAUGCCAACCGAGGCCCUGUAGUAGACAUCAACGAGUCUCCACACUCUAAUCCAUGGCAAUUUGAUGGAAACUUUUUCCUAAAUAACACUCAAGGUCCUGUUAUUUUGACUACGAAGGAUACGCUCGAUUCCUACACUCCUGAACUAUUUUUGAGAAAUAACAGCUUCCUGUUUAACUUCUGCCAAGAUAAAAGCGUCAUAGACAUCAAAGGAGGCACAAAAGUCUUGAUCAUGGAAGGAAACGUCUUUGAAAAAAACUAUGGAAGAUCUAUCUUUUUAGAAAAAACGUCUCCUUCCGGUGCAAAUAUAAGGAGUAACGUGUUCACAGACAACAAAUGCUUAAACAGUGGAGUCAUUGAAAUUCAGAGGAUGGAUAAAGACAUCUUAAUUGCUGACAAUACCUUCAAGUUAAAUAAAGGACUUUCUAUGGUUUUUCUCCACUGCGAAUACGUUGUAGAAGAGAACACGUACUCUGGCAUGAAGAAUGUAACGUUUUCGAACAAUUCACUAAUUAGCAACGUAGAUGUAUCAUCAAAUUCACCAACCUGUGAGGUAAGAAUCUCCGGAUUUAUGGAAUGGAGAACAUUUUUCGUGAAUAACAACAGGUUUAGCAGCGUUCACUUCUCGAAAGAACUUUGCGUAAACACCUUUGCAUCCUCGCAUAGCAGUGCAAUUCAGGCUUCCUUAAACUUCUGGGGCUAUGAUGACGAGGAAAAAAUCAAGGAGAGAAUCUUUGAUGCUGAAGACAACUACGAACACACAUUUGCUGAUUUUCGUCCCUACAUUAGCAGUGCAGGAAACACAGUGGAAGGUUCGCCAGAAAAUAUGACCCGUAGUGGGCUUACGAAAAGUUUUCUGGGAGGAAGGAUAUUGUCUAACAUUCUUCUAAGAAAAGAGAAAAGUCCCUAUACAGUUGUGUCCGAUGUCACUAUCCUGCCCGAAGCCUCACUUUCAAUUGAUCCUGGUGUUGAGGUGCAAUUUAUGCCAGGAGUCGGCAUAUUAGUCCUUGGGAGUGAGGUAGAUUUGGCAGAAUGCACGUUAUCGUUCCACAACUUCAGUUGCAACAAGUCGCACCGUCUUGCGUUAAACUGUGGCGGAGGAAGGCCUUGGGGAAAUAUCAGAUUUCUUCGCGAAGCUAGGGACAUGCCAAACCUGCCAAAAUCAAGUUUAAAGCACCUAAGGAUUGUGCACUGUGGGGAGAAACAUGGCGAAAAAGUUGCUGCUAUUGAGCUGAUACAAUACGUUCCAGAAGUAAACAAUGUGACUGUUCUUAAUUGCACAUCAGGUGGUAUCAAGGUUUGGUUCCCUGAAAAAGAGGUCGUUAUAACGAACAGUUCCUUCGUGAAUACCGGAGGAAAUGGAACUGAUCUUAUCAUUACGAAAAACAACGUUUCACUUGAAAACGUCAAAUCGAUAAAAAACGAGUAUGGUCUGAGUUUUCAUGAUGUGUACGGCGAUUGGAUUGAUGGUAUUUCGUACGGGCACAUAAAUCUGUGCUCCCCACAAAAAGUGGUGAAUAUCACGAAUCGCGAUCUAUUCAUUUACUUUAGAGUACCAUUAAAGAUUGUUUCAAAUCUAAAGGUAUCCUGCAAGGUAAAGAUUCAAACAGAAGGAGAUACCGGCUUUGCUAUUCAACUACUAGUGAUAAAAAGUUCAAAAUCUAUUGGGAUAGAGACUCCGGAUAAACGUGAAAUCUUGGCGUCUUCUGGCAGAAGCCUCGGUCAAUUUUCAAAACGAAGAAUGAUAGGGUGGGAUUCUUUUACAGUCAACUUCGAAGGAUGGUACAGUAGCGAAAUGCUUUUGCAAGUUCAACGAGUUGAUAGCAAAGAUAUACCUUGUUCUUUUGACCGUGGAUUUUGUGACUGGAAACGCUAUCCCAAGUCACGUUUCGGGAACACUGAACUGACUCAACAGUGGUAUUAUGGCUAUGAAUAUAAUACUUAUGACCACACCUAUUCAAUGUAUGAAGGGAGAGUACUAUGGAUCGAGGCCAAAGGAUCCUGGAUAUCUGGCUAUGGUGCCUUCACCAGCCCAUCAAUUUUUAAUGACAGCAACUACUGUUAUUUGGUGUUCUACUACAAGAUGGAUGCUUGGGGUUCCCGCUCAGCAUCGAUAUCUGUUUAUUUUGUGGAAGAUAGUACUGAUAAGUCGACACUGCUAUGGUCUACGAGCGAUUCAGUGAACGAAUGGGAAAAGAAAGUGAUUGAGCUACCCAGUGCUAAUGUCAGUCACUCAGUUGUGUUACUGGGAUAUGUGAAGUCCUGGGGCGACGUUCUUAUCGACGACCUGGGUUUCGUUCGUUGUGACUCGUCUGCUGUUGUGCAUCAAGUAACUGGAAGCGUUUUCAGCGGAAACGUUAAACAAGGUGUACGGUACACGUCGACUCAGAGUGGAAGAAGAAUUUUUAGACUAAAACGUUGUCAAGUAACAAACAAUGGUCUGAAUCCAGUCCUUAGCGGGAGGCCGUCAGGAGCGAUUCACUUCACUGCUGUUAAACAAGAGUUUGAAAUAGUCAAUAACUACAUCGCCGGAAAUAAUAAUGGAGGAAUUUAUUCUAGGAUACUCAAUGAACUGUCCACGAUUAGCCUACCAGUAAGCCAAAUCCAUGCUAACACCAUUGAGAAUAACAAAGGUGGCAUAUUACGCGUAGAAGGCGUUUCUGAGCCCUAUAUGAACGUUAUAGUGAGCAAUAACUAUUUUUCUCAAAACCUGGCUCGAAAUUGGGAUAAUACAGCAAACAGUGUCUGUGUCAUUUCAAAGUUUACGGCAAUCGUUCAAGGAAAUUUCUUUUACAACAACGUCGGCCAUUACGCUUUUUUGUAUGAUAAUUCUCAAACAAGUAUUGUUGGUCUUCGAUUUGUGAAUAAUACAUUGUACAAGAAUGGUGCACAGGGGCUUAAUGUCAACUAUGGAGCAACUAUUCUUUGCAAUGGAGCAGCGGAAAUUCUGGGAAACGUUUUGCAAAAUCCUAGCAACCGUUAUCAGAUCAGUACCACAAUAAGUGGGAGUCCAAUCACUGUUAACGCCACAUUCAAUUGGUGGGGAGAGGGUGUACCAAAGCUUAUUUCUUCUUUGAUCCUGGAUAAGAGCAAGGAUUAUCGAUUGUCCAUAACAGUUGUUUUCCAGCCGUUUGUCAAGCUGCCGCCUCAAACAGCUAUGUCGGUUUCUUGUCCGCCUGAAUGGAUAAAACACGAUGAAAUGUGUUACUUGUACAAAGGAGGCUCUUUCACUUUCCUUGAUGCCGAGAAGUAUUGUGGGAGUUAUGGUGGAAAUCUGAUCACCAUGUUAUCAAACGAAGACAAACGACUUGUAAAAUAUCUGAGACAAAACGAAGCGCUGGUUCGUUCAAGUGUGUUGCCUUCCCUGUGGACCAUAAGCAGGCGCCUCAUGAGAAAGUCCCACAGUGGAUAUGAACAGAAUAAUAAAGUAUGUCCGGUUGUUGCUGCAAAUGGAAAUAUUUCACAAAUUCAUUGUGAUGAACUUCAUCCUUUUGUUUGUGUGAGGAGGCCAGUUACCCACUGCCCAAACAGCUGUUUCCAUAAUGGAGACUGUAUAGGUGCCACUUGUUUCUGUUAUCCCGGAUGGACUGGAGAAGACUGUUCCAAGUUUGAUUGCCAUAACUUGCAUAACUGUUCUGGUAACGGUGAAUGCAUGGGUCCUAAUGUCUGCAAAUGCUACCCUGGAUAUUUAGGUCUUGGCUGUACUUACUCUUUCUGUGGAAAGUACGAAAGCUGCACUGAUUGCGUGACAGACCCAUUCUGUGGAUGGUGUGACAGUUCAAGUUCUUGUCUUGGAGGCUUUGCCGCGGGGCCUCCAGGAAUAAGUUGCCCUGCUUGGUUCUACUAUCACUGUUAUACAGUAGGAAACGGACGUUGCUCACGUGAUAUAAUGAGAGUGAACUGCAGAGGUUACCAUUGCAACUUCAAAGAUGGAAGAGCAACUAUUGAAUCCUGUCAAAAAUGCAGCGACCUCGAAAAAUGUCACAAAAUCACAGAAGAAAACCAGUGCAGAUCGUGGAAUGAGACUCAGUGUCCAGGCGGGAAAAUUAAAGUUAAUUAUACAGAUUCCCAGAGGAAAAAUAACGUGGAAUUCGCAAAAAAUGUGAAGUUUGUGGAGCCAAACGAAACUCUCAUUUAUGCAUGUGCAGUAAUUUUGCCAAAACAAGACAGGGAGUCGCUUGUUUUAGUUGCCCCAAGAGCCCUGAAAGUUCAAAAGGGUGAUAUACUGUGUAGUCCUCAAGCAGGAGGCAUCAUGCAUAAGAUAGUCAAAGAAAUCAGCGAUGGUCCUUUUCAAUUGAUGUUGAGCGCUCCAGCAGGAUUAGAAGAGGUUAUCAAAUAUGCGGACUUUAGAGACCAAGUAACUGCCGUGCAAGUAGACGACGACUCGACGUUUGAGGAUGAGCCGGAUCAAGAUGACCUUUGGGAUGUCAUUUCAGGCAACAUUACGUCCGAUGAAGGUCGGGUUAUUGUGCUUACAAAUGGUUCAAAAAUAUACAAGUGCCUUGGUCACACCUAUGACACUGGAAAAAUCGUUGUCCAUUCGUAUUUCCUGGUAAUAGAGAAAAACAAUAACAUCCCAAAGACAGGUGACAUAGUUGUGUCCAAUGCUAGUGAUGGUUUCAUUGAGACUGUGGUUGAGGUUCAUAGAACGAACAACACCGAAUAUUUGGAAACGAAAUUCCAGAGAUGCGAAGCAAAUUCUCAAUGGCAAGGCACAAGACUACAGGAAAGUAAACAAAGGCUUUCUGGAUCAGUAUCCUGUAGUGGAGGGGAUAACAACGAAGGCCUUGUUUUGUCAAAACCAGAAGAUGGAGGUCGGCAGUUUUCUGUCGAUGACUCAAUUAUUGGAAGACCUAGCGGAGGCUUCAUUGCAAAGGUUAUAGACGUGUAUUCCAGCGGAAAUUUUCUUCUGGUGGAAGUAAUUUCUGCCAAACUGAACGGAAAUGGAACAAUUACUACAGCUGUAGAUAUACAUGCACUGAAAAGCCACAACAGACGUAGUAGGCGCUCAACGAGAUACGAUUUUGAAUUGGCGAGAUUUGAACCCGACGGAAUACAUCACAAGUUGAUGUCAACGGAAAACGCUAAGGUACAAGUCUCUUUGGAAAUGUUCUUACAAGUGACUAUGUUUCUUGAGAUAGAAAAAGAGUGGCUCGGAGUUGGAAUAGAGGAUGCUACUGCUGGUCUAGAGUUAGAGGGAAGCUUAGAUUUCUCGCUGGAAUUUAGUGUUGAUGGGAAGUUGAGGUAUAAAAAAGGCCUAAACGUCAUGAGAGAAAAACAGCUCGGUCGUUCAAUUUAUAUUCCCGUUGGGCCAAUUAAAAUCCCUGCCGGGAUUUUCUUGGAAAUAACAGGAUAUGCAUCUGCUAGAUUAUCUGGAAAAAUUUCACGCUCACUAUCAGUGAAUGGAAAAGUAUCUCUCGGGGGCGAAUGCAGUUGGAGCCGUGGUAGUUGCUACGAAACUGCUGAUACUGUUACUCUACGCAAAGACUGGAAUAGCCCAGAUCCGCAACUGGAAGCUGGAGCAUCCGUCAAAGUUACAGUGACGCCCAAAAUCUCAGUGAAAUUGCCAGCGUUUCCAAAAUCGCAAUCAAAGGCAGUCAAGACAUCAGAUUUUAGUUUGUUCGACGAUUUAGUUGAAGCUGUUUUUGAGUAUGUGGACCUUUCCAUGGUGGUAUUUGUGAGCGUACCACUGGAAGCUGGUGUAUCCAUACAUCUUCCCGCCACACAAUGCAGUGGAAACAAACCUGCUGAUCUGGAAAGCUUCUACGGAAUUUCUGGUGUAAAUCUCGGUGUCUCGGUUGGAUUUCUUGAAAAACAUUUGACACUUGAGCUGCCUUUGGGAUAUUCUCAGAUGAAAAGCUAUUCGAAAUGUAUAUGUCCAGUCAAAAGGGAGAAAUUAUGUGUGGGACCUCCCACAACGCGUCCUGGACCACCUGGACCUACGACGCAACCGGGACCACCUGGAGGUGGGAAUCCGAAACUUCCUCCUAAUUCGCGUCCGACACCUACUCCUACUCCGAAAAAGAGAAGAGAUAAGCCACCACGAAAUGGCAAGACCGGAGAACUUCCAUGUGGAAAAGGACCUAUCUGUGCUGGGAAACGAACGGGUCCUAACUGCACCAAGCCUGAUACAUGGCUUCUUCAGAACUGCUCAGGUAACGGAAAUCCCAUCAUAGCCCCGAAGUGUGAGGCGGAGUGUAACUGUUCAGGAGGAUGGGAGGGUGAAUUUUGUGAACGAUUAAUUGCAAAUGGUGGAGGUGACCCACACCUGGAGACAUUAGAUGGUGUUAAUUUUGACUUUUUUGGAAUUGGAGAGUUCUGGGGUUGCAAGAGUUUUAAAAACGAUUUUGGUCUUCAAUUUCGUUUUUAUUACUACGAGCGAGCUUCGCUCAUUGGCGGAAUUGCACUUAAAGCUGGUAGGAGUGUCGUUACCGUUAUGACGAUCAAGACUGAAAGAGUUCAAGACUUGCCCAUAACAAGAAUCGAUGGAGUCGAAAUAAAUGCCACCAGUAAUUCCUCAGAACCUGUUGAAAUAAGUAAUGGUACAGUGUUAUUGGAUCGUCAAAGACGUUUUUCGUUUGAGGCUGAAGAGAACAGUGUCGUUUUGAUUUCACUUCAGUAUGAUACAGGUGUAACAGUAACAAUCGAUGUCCGUCACAGUCGGGUGAUGAAGAGACAGUAUUUGAAUAUUCUCUAUUCCCCAACUGCUGCAUACAAAGGUCACACUGAAGGACUCUGUGGCUUCAUGGAUAACAAUGCCACCAACGACUUUAUAGGGCCCGACGGAACUCUUUACGAUGACGCUAUUCAAUUUGCCGAAUCAUGGAGAAUUACGGAUUGUCACGUUGGUUCAGGUACAAGGGACUCUUGGUCAUGGAACUCAUCAAACUUUCAUCACGAUGACAUAAUGGACAUAACGUAUACAGAUCCUACGUACAUCCCUAUGUAUUCACUGGAAGGAAUUUCCCAGUCUGUACUACAGAUUGCAACAAGCAUGUGCAAAUCCUUGAAUAUUUCUGAUAACGAUUUACAAAGCUGCAUAUUCGAUGUCGCCAUGACCAAUGACACGACAUUUACUGAUCAAGAAACCUUUAAACGAGACUGUCCAGACCAGUGCUCAGGCAAAGGGAGAUGUGUCAAUGGAUCAUGUAAAUGUAUCGAAGGUUGGACAGGGAAGAGUUGUGACAAAGGCUCUUGUCUGAACUGUUCAACCAUCCAUGGCGAGUGCGUUAAAGGAUUUUGUGUCUGUGACUUGGGCUGGGAAGGACGAAGCUGUGAACUGGAAGCCACUUGCUUUGAAGUUAACAACUGUAACAGCCCUGAACACGGCAGUUGUAAAACGACGGAUGUUUGCCAAUGUAAUCCUGGCUACAUAGGUGCUAACUGCAGUAUUAUUCCUACUUGUAACGAUGUAUCAAACUGUACUGGCAAUGGAAUCUGUGUGGAUUUCGAUGUAUGCAAAUGUAAAAUGGGAUGGACUGGAAGUAAUUGCGCUCAAUACUCUUGCGAGCAACUGGAUUAUUGCUCUGAACAUGGUAGCUGUGUGGCCUUUGACAGAUGCGCCUGUGAUUACGGCUGGACCGGAGUAAGCUGCGCCCUUCCUGACUGUGGAGCUGUCAAUCAAUGUUCCAAAAAGGGAGAGUGCAUCUCCAGCGACAAGUGUCGCUGUCUUCCGGGAUUUAUUGGAGCAGAUUGCGGUCGGGUGGCGGACUGCAGUCAUCUUGCAAACUGCAGCGGCCAAGGCGUUUGCAUUUCGACGGAGUUGCUGAAUGUGUCAUGCAGUUGCUACCUUGGUUUCACUGGAGAUAAUUGCAGUCAGCCUACUUGCACAACCGUGAACAACUGUUCUUCCCAUGGCGCAUGCGUGGAAGCCGAGUUCUGCAGAUGUGACUUUGGAUACAUUGGAACUGACUGCAGCAACUUUUCUUGUGAGGCUGUCAACUAUUGCUCCGGAAAUGGAAAAUGUGUUGGCUACGAUCUCUGCCUCUGCAACUCCUCCUGGUCGGGUCGAGCAUGCAGCGUCCCUGAUUGCAGUGCUGUGAAAAACUGCUCUGGCCAAGGAGAUUGCAUCCUACCCAACAUUUGUUCCUGUUAUCCAGCGUUUGACGGUGUAUAUUGCGAUCAGAAGGCAAAACCAAACAUCAAUCCUCCGAGAUUUGACCAAAAAUUUUACAGCGCUGCAAUUGUAGAAAAUUCUCCAGUCGGAACAGUGAUUUUACAAGUAAAAGCCAAUGACACAGAUUUCGGUAGAAACGGUCAGAUAUUUUAUACCAUACUGGGUGAUGAUAAAAUAGAAAGUAUUCUCACUGUUGGUGGACAGUCUGGAAAGGUUUACAGCGCACAAACGCUGGAUUUUGAGACAAAUGAAAUGAAAUCUUUCAACGUGACAAUGGUUGCAGCAGAUAACGGAUAUCCGCAGAAAUCUGGAAUCGCCACUGUACAGAUAACAUUGCUGGAUGAAAAUGACAAUUGUCCAUCUUUCAUCGAGCCACCAGGAGAUCUAAAACUAGAAUUCCUUGCACUUAUUCCUGGAGCAACCGUGACCAAAGUUUCUGCAGUUGACUUGGACAGUGGAGUAAACAGCGACAUAACUUACAGCCUAUCCAAAAAUGAAGCGUUCUCUAUUCAUCCUAAAACCGGUGUGGUCACGGUGGUGUCCGACUUGACGAAGAAGGUCAAUCAUCUCACAGUUAGUGCCAGUGACAACGGGGACGUUUCUUGUGUUACAGAUAUCAGUUUGACAGUUCAAAUCGGCUUCUCUCCGACAACAAAGCCCUUGACUAGAUCUACAAAUCCCUUCACAGACAGGAAAUCCGAAACUUCAUCAACGUCUUCGUUGCCUGAGACUUCGGCGUUCACUGUCUUGAACAAAGGGGCGACUACUUCGAAUGUACCAACGGAGGCAGGCGCGGUUCCUCAAGAAGGCCCCAAUUAUGGAAUCAUUGGUGGUUCUGCUGCUGGAGGAGUACUGCUGCUAUUGAUCGCAGUAUUGGUGAUCAGAAAAUGUCUUUGCAAAUCCAGGACAUCUGCAGGAAAACACGCGAGGGGGAGAUUCAAUUCUGGUAUGGAUUUCGAGCUAUCUAGGAGGAUUUGAGAACAUUUUGUACCUGACAAAAGAUAGAUUUAAAAAAAGAAAGUUUGCCAUGCUAUAGGGUAAGUUCCUGAAAUAAUUUCUUGGCUUAUCCGUGUUAGCAUACAUUUACCCAUAUACUCAGUAAUAAAGAGAAGCUCUUUUUACAAGCUUUUUAACGGAAUUGAUAGCGUUAGUUGCCAUAUCAGUCAGUAACACAAACCUUUUCCCAUAUACUCAAUGGUAAAGGGCAGCUUUCCUUGCAAGCUCACUGACGGAGUUAAUAGUGUAGUGAACCAUAUCAGUCAGUAACAAACAGAGAAAAAAGCAUUGCAACGUCAGCGUCAUUUUGAGAUUACAGCUCUCUUAAACUUAUAUCGCAAAAUAUCAUAAAAAAAACAUUAGUAGUACCGGACACAGUGAUGUUAAUAACAGUAGCAGUGGUAGUAGCAAUUGAAAAAGUAGUAUGGUGUAGCGAUAACAAUGAAAACGACAAUGGAAACGACAAUGGUAGGAGGCCAUCAACUAACUAUCAACUAUCCUAACUAUGCUUCUAUAUCUCAGUUACAGAUUAUAAUUGGUAACAUAUCUCUAUAGUUCUCCGUAUAUAUACUUAAAAAAAGAUAGAAUUAAAGACGCGUCUAAGGGAUUGAGAAAAUAAUAAUUUUACAAAGAAUAGGCAUAACUGUAAUUUUCUAGCUGAUUUUGAGUGUGACAUAUUUUUGAAUAAAAGCAUGGGUGGUUGUUAA